GGCAGUCUCAGUCUUAAUUUGAAGGCAGGCGCAGUCAUUGUGUACCGCUUUUUUAGAUUGUCUGAGCUUAUAAAUAUUCCAAAACAGUCAUGCGAAUUUAUUUAGUGCACAGAGUUCUGACGGCUGUAGUUGUUUACUCAUUGGCAUUGGGUGCAGCUGGUCACCAGCAAAGUAAUUGCGUCUCAAGAAUUCCAGAAGGUCGGAUUACAGGUCAUUGCAUAUCCAUACGACAAUGUGAAUACUUUCUCCGUAUAUUACAAAGACCGGAUAUUUCGCAGGCUGAACGUAAUUUGUUGCGUGACAAUCGAUGCAGUCGGCAGGAAGAUGUUCAGGUCUGCUGCCCUGUUGAUGGCUAUUUAAGUGGCUUGGGAGCACUUACGAAUCCACUGCUUCCACGAGAAUGUGGAGUUGUAAAAUGGACACGCCUCAAUGAAACUGAUACCCAAAUCGAUGAGUUCCCUUGGAUGGCGCUAAUAGAAUAUACUAAACCCGAUCAAGAAAAACUUCACGCAUGUGGCGGCGUUCUCAUCAGCGAUCGCUAUGUAUUAACAGCCGCUCAUUGUGUUUCUGGUCACUCAAUAAGCAGUAUGGGCUGGCAAGUGCGAAAUGUACGCUUGGGAGAAUGGGAUACACUCACAAAUCCGGAUUGUCAAGUUUCGAAAACAAGCAAACAACCUGAUUGUGCCCCACCCCAUCAAGAUGUUGCUGUUGAAGAGAUAAUUGUGCAUCCAGUUUAUAAUAAGGAUGGCAAAAGCCAAACAAAUGACAUUGCUCUAAUACGUCUACGUAACCCGGCGCAAUUGAAUGAUUAUGUGCAGCCAAUCUGUCUGCCCAACAAACAGGUGCGCGCUGAUGAACUGGAGGAUCUUGUAACCGAAGUCGGUGGCUGGCAAACCACAUCCAGCACGCGCAUGCAAAAAAGCGAGGUCAUUAUCACGUCCAUUGAAAACUGCCAGAGACAGUACGCCCAACAGAAUGUCCAGAUUUUGGCAUCGCAGCUGUGUGGUGCCGCAAAAUCCAAUGAGUGUCGAGGAAAUAGUGGCGGUCCGCUUAUGUUGCUGAAGAACAAUGUUUAUCUCUUAGGUGGCAUUAUGUCUUUCGGACCCAUACCUUGCCCUAGUCCAGGCUGGCCAGAUAUUUACACACGUGUUGCGUCUUAUAUUGAUUGGAUACAUGAAAAUCUCAAACCAUAAAACAAAAAAAAAUUAAAAUUGCAUACAUUUUAUUGUAAAUCUAAAAAAAAAAUUGUCUAGUAAAUACUGCGGUUC